GUGGAAGGCCAUUGUAUUAUUUGAGCGGCAAGUAUAAGCCUUUGCUAUUUCCCUCCGUCAAACACCUCCAACUUGGCGGCGACCCCGUUUGAGAGGAAUGGGCACAGCAAACAUUAGGGACGUCUUGACUUGUUUCAGUCCUUCUUUGGAUUUCUUUGCUAUUAGCACCGGUGAUGGCCGUAUCAAGAUAUGGGAUACAGUGAAGGGUCAGGUGCAGACCGAGUUUGCAGAUAUUGUGUCAACUGAAACCACAAGCUUGUUUACUAAGCCAGGAGGUCAUCUUUCAAUGGAUUAUACUUGCAUGAAGUGGUUAUCAUGUGACAAAAAGAAAAAAAGGAAGCUUGGAACUUCAUUACUGGUCUUAGGUACAGGCAGUGGUGAUGUUUUAGCUCUAGAUGUAUCUGCAGGUCAUCUGAAAUGGAGAUUUAGUGAUUGCCAUCCUGGCGGUGUCAAUGCGAUCUCAUUCCCUUCACAUGGUUCAUUCAUUUACACGACUGGUGCUGAUGGACUGGUUUGCAAAAUUGACUCCAUGUCGGGGCACUUACUGCACAAGUUUAAAGCUUCCACUAAAGCAAUAGCUUCUUUAUCCGUCUCAUCAGAUGGAAAAAUAUUAGCAACAGCAACUUCUCAGUUGAAGAUUUUCACUUGCUUGGAUGACAAAAAGAUCCAGAAGUUUUCAGGCCACCCUGGGGCUGUUCGGUGUAUGGUUUUCUCUGAAGAUGGGAGACAUAUUCUUUCUUCUGCUGUUGGUGACCGGCAUGUAGCAGUUUGGAAGUUAGAUGGUAGCAAAAAGAAAUCAGCAUGCUGCUUGCUUGCAAUGGAUCACCCUGCUGUCUUUUUGGAUUGUUACCACAUUAAAACUGUAGAUGAAAAUGGUGCAAGUUUAGGUGUUUUGGCCAUUUCAGAAAUUGGUGUUUGCUAUUUUUGGCAUGGAAAGAGUUUUGAGGAAUUGCACAAUUCGAAGCCCACAAAAAUAUGUGUAUCUUUAGAUGAGAAAAUACUGAAGAAACAUAAAGAAGCCAUGCGUAGUAUCUUUUCAGCAAAAUUGCAAUCUAUUGGCACGUCUGGUUCCGGUCAUAUGUUUGUUGCAUAUGGCUUGUUGAUAAAACCAUCAUUUGAAAAAGUUAUAGUGCAGCCUGGGGCAGAUCUCAGAUUAAAAAGCUCACUUGACGGGAUCCUUCUACCCUUCAGUCAAUCUCGCAAAUCUAAACAAGCAUCCAACACUCAGAGUCAGGUUACUGCCCUUGAUCGUGCAAAUGCAGAGGGUGCCUUACUUCCCUUGCCUAAGAUUCUUGAUCAGGUUGAUGUCAAGACUGGAAUUAAGCCCACAGCGAGCAAAGAUAUCAUUGGUAAACAAGGUGAAGAUGAGGUCGCAAUUUGCAUGGAGGACCAGCUAAGAUCCUUAGGUAUAAUUAGCAGUGACUAUGAUCUCUCGCCUAGCUCAAUUCUUGACCCUAAAAUUUUGAAAGGAGUAAGUGUUGAUGCUAGUAUGCCACCGAAGAAGAUGAAAGCAGCUGUGUUAUCCAUGGAACCACCUGAUGCGUACAACUUAUUAAAAGCCUUAUUGGCAGCAUGGCAGUCCGGAUCAAGCAUGGGAAGACAUGUUCUUCCAUGGAUAUGUUGUAUAUUGGUGAACCACAAUGAAUUUGUCACAUCACAGGAACCACUGAUGCCACUUCUGGAUUCUUUAAACAAGCUUACCAGGUCAAAGGUGGCGGCCCUUAACUCUUUAUUGCAGUUAUCUGGCCGUUUUCAACUUGUAAUGGCACAGAUAGAGAAGGCCGAUAAUAAGAAUGGCCCGGCUUUGACACUUGAGGUCCAGAUGGAUGAAAGUGAGGACGACGAGGUAGAUGAAGUUAUGUAUGGCAUAGAUGAAGAAUCUCAAACAAGCAGUGAUGGGGACGACUAGGACUUUUUGUAAGUGAUAUCUCAUUGAGUGAUGAAAGUGUAUGGGACAGGUGUAUUUUAACUAGGCAU